AGCUGCCUCGUCACGUUUGAGGACAACUCCAAGUACUGGGUGCUCUGGAAGGACAUCCAGCAUGCCGGCGUUCCUGGGGAGGAACCCAAGUGCAACAUCUGCCUGGGAAAGACGUCAGGUCCCAUGAAUGAGAUCCUCAUCUGCGGGAAGUGCGGGCUGG